UCAAGCUCCAGCAAACAAAAGCUCACCCAUACCGUAAUGCCCGUCACGGAAUUCGCGUCCCUCGCUCUCGGUCCUGCCUACUACCUGACGCAUCCAUGCGUAACGUCGUUCUUCCAAAAACUCGCCAAAUGGCAAUCUGAGGCGUCUGGGUACCCUCUCUUCUUCUACUCUCCGCCCGCUUCCGACGAGGAAAUAUACCUCAUCUCGGGCUGGGCAAGCGUGUCAGCACAUCACACGUGGAUCGCGAGCGACCGGAAUCAGGAGCUGUUGCGAAUGGCGGAGGAGAUGCUGGAAGUGAGGGAUUUCUUACACCUCGACGUGGACUUUGAUGAGGUCUUUGGCCGGGUUAUAAGGCCGAACGGAGAGGGGCGCUCGAGUCUACUAUGGGAGGUGUGGAGAGGCGAGGAGGACGCGUUGAAGGAGGUGUCACGGUUGAAGGGGAGGGCCUUCUCGGUGGUCGCUGGUCAGGAUGCCGAAGGAAAGAGGAGAGAAUUGUAUCUCUUUUCUGGGAUGGAUGCAGGCGAAGACGGUUUACAGGUUGGACGGGUCCGACGGGCAAUGCGAACGGAGUUGUGCAGGGUUCAAUUCUGACUAGGGCUUUGACAGUUGGAUUCUCUAAUGUUAUACCCAGCUAAUACCGUAUUAAAGCACAUACUCGAGUUUUCAGGAGUCCGCAAAAC